CACAUUACUCCAGCAGCACACACACUGGUACUGCACUGCACUACUGCUGCUCUGCCUGAUCACACACACUCACCUCUCACCACUCACCACAUGAGGUUUAUCAAUGCUGCACUCACUCACCUCCAUGACACCUGGAAACACCAGCCACCUGCCUCACCAAUUGGCCUCUUCAUUUCACUCCUCUCACUCCCAGUAGCUGCAAAACCAAACACCCUAUCUUCUUCUUCCUCAACUACUACUCCUGUUCUUGCUACUGCCUAGCUCAGCUACUCUGCUUGCCCCCAACCUAUCCAACCUACUAACAUUGUAGUACACUACACACAAGCCUAGCUUAGCUUAGGUUGCAGCUGUGUGAGGUGGGGAUCCAGAUCAGCUUUGCUGUUGGAGAGAUCCAUCCAUCCAUAUAGCUAGCUGUAACUACAUACAGUUGUUCAUUCAGAUUCAGGCAUUCAGCCACUGCCUGAUUUAGGUGAGGGAAGAAGAAGGUUCAAGCAACUGCACACCAGAUGGUCCAUCUCUUGCCAUGCACCCAUGCUCACUUGCCCCUGCCUCUCUUCUUCUCCAUCCUCCUCCUCAUCUUCUCCAUGGAGGUGGCACAUUCAGAUGCAAGGAGGUUGCCACUGAAGCUUCUAGAAGUUGGCAACAUCAAGGAGGAGCCUGAUGAAACCAUUGGAGAGAAGAUGGAGAUGGAGAUGGAAGGGAGGAGGCUGAUAGGAUCAAGGCCACCAAGGUGUGAGAGGGUGUGCAUGUCCUGUGGCCACUGUGAGGCAGUGCAAGUGCCCAUUGUGCCACAGGUGAUUCAGAAGACACAAACCAAAGCUGCUGCUGCUGCUGCUGCCGAGCAAGAACAGCAUGUGGUGGUGAGUGCUACUGCCAUCAGUGCUGCAGUGUUCACCUACAGGGUGAAUGGCCUCUCAAACUACAAGCCAUUGAGCUGGAAAUGCAAGUGUGGUGGCAUCAUCCUUGAUCCAUAAUGUUCCAACUCAUGGCAGAUCACUUCAACAUUGUGCAAAAAUGUAAACAACUUGCUCCUCUGCUUGUUCAUCUGAAUUUUUCUUUCUUUGUUGUUCUACUACUAGCUAGUAGCUACUUCCUCCUUUUGAUUUCUAUCUAGGCCAGAGAUUGAAAAUGUGGGGAGAUGGAGAUGAAAAGCUGCAUGUUUGUUGUACAUUUAGGCAGCAAUUUUGUGAAAAUGAAUGAAUGAAUGAAUGCCUGAUUUAGGCAUUGAAUGCAUUUUGAUUUGGCCC